GACAGCAACGUGCAGCCAUGCAACAGUCAGCCGCGUCAAAAACUCGGCAGCAGCGUUCCUCCCACCCCUACUAGCACAUCCAAUGAAUGCCCCAGUGACCGGCCGCUCCCUCCUGCCUAGAAAUGUGCCAGCACGCUCUCCCACUGGUCCGUGUGUGCGGUGCCCUUGUUGAUGACGCUCAACAAAGCCGGGUUCUCGAGGGCCGCUGCAACACGCUCUGCACAGCAACAACAGCCAGGCAGAGGCAGGCAACCCUCAGCCACUUUGUAUCUAUGUGGAUCAAUCAGAUGAGCGGAUUACCUUUGUCGUUGAGUUGCUUGUUGAUGGCGUCCUCUGUGUUGUGGCUGCCUGGGAAGAUCGACACGUCCACUUUGAACCGGUCGGGUACGCACCGGAGCAACUUGACUCGAAGCAUCAGCCCGAUCAACAUGGCCUGCAUGCACACCAGACAGACAGACAGACAGACAGACAGACAGAGCGCGUCCAGACUGUCAAUUUGCGCGGUGGCACUGGCGUGUGUCUCUGUGUUGCCUGCCCCUACCCACCUGUGAGCAGUGUGGUAUGGUUGGUGUGAACUGGACAGAGAUGUGCUGCUCGUCGUUGUCGACCUUGAUGUGAUCCAUCUGCACCACACGCAGCUGCUCCAGUGUGUGCGGGUGCUCGGGGUCAUUCAAGUGACGAAGCAACUCAAACACCUCCUGCACUCAAGACACCAAACGUGUGCCAACCAGCACACCACAGCCGCAUCAAUCAUCAUGUCCCUUUUCUCACCUCAUCAUCAAAGUCAUCAUACGGCGCAGUAGACGAGUCGCCGCUCACGCUGCCAACUGUUGUGGCGCGAUGGCCAUCGUCGGCACUGCCCUGCCCACUGGACGCCUCGUUCAGCAGGUUGAGGAAGGUUGCGAGGGAGAGGGAUGUCAGGUCCUUGCUGGAUGGCGUCGCGCCCGACGCACUGCUGGAGUAGACUGUCGGAUUGGGGUUGUCCGCCACGAACUCACCGUUGGUCGCCUGCACACACACACAGCAACCACAGGAACAGGAGAUAUACAUGUAGCUGAUCAACUGGGCCCUUCCGCAGGCUCUGUGGUGAUGUGGAGAUGCCCGAAGCUCACCAUUUCCGUCCAAAAGGUUGCAAAACUUCAGCAGUGGCGGUUUC